AUGAAGGAUCGGACUCAGGAGCUGCGGAGUGCGAAAGACAGCGAUGAUGAGGAGGAGGUGGUCCAUGUGGACCGGGACCACUUCAUGGAUGAGUUCUUUGAACAGGUGGAAGAGAUCCGGGGCUGCAUUGAGAAGCUGUCAGAGGAUGUGGAACAAGUGAAAAAACAGCAUAGUGCCAUCCUGGCCGCCCCCAACCCGGAUGAGAAGACCAAACAGGAGCUGGAGGACCUCACUGCAGACAUCAAGAAGACGGCCAACAAGGUUCGAUCCAAGUUGAAAGCGAUCGAGCAAAGCAUUGAACAGGAGGAGGGGCUGAAUCGUUCCUCUGCGGACCUGCGCAUCCGCAAGACCCAGCACUCCACACUCUCCCGAAAGUUCGUGGAGGUAAUGACUGAAUAUAACGCGACCCAGUCCAAGUACCGGGACCGCUGCAAGGACCGGAUCCAGAGGCAGCUGGAGAUCACUGGAAGGACCACGACCAACGAAGAACUGGAAGACAUGCUGGAGAGUGGGAAGUUGGCCAUCUUCACUGACGAUAUCAAAAUGGACUCACAGAUGACAAAGCAGGCGCUGAAUGAAAUCGAGACGAGGCACAAUGAGAUCAUCAAACUGGAAACCAGCAUCCGUGAGCUGCACGACAUGUUUGUGGACAUGGCCAUGCUCGUGGAGAGCCAGGGCGAAAUGAUUGACCGCAUUGAGUACAAUGUGGAACAUUCCGUGGACUACGUGGAGCGAGCCGUGUCUGACACCAAGAAAGCUGUGAAAUAUCAGAGCAAGGCCCGGAGGAAGAAAAUCAUGAUCAUCAUUUGCUGUGUGGUGCUGGGGGUGGUCUUGGCGUCAUCCAUUGGGGGGACGCUGGGCUUGUAGGCCCCCCACCCCUGUCCCUCCCAGACCCUUCCCCACCACAUCGGGAGCAAUACCCCCACCACCCCUUCACUCCAUCCCCUGCUCCAGGCUCACCCUCAAGACAGACCCGGGCAGCACCCGCAACCUUUACCGCCCGUCAGACCCUGGAGUCCCUGGACCUCCCCCUGCCAUGGACCACCCCCCGCCCCCGCACGUAGAUAGCAGCAGGCGUGAUUACACGUGCACACCAACAUGCAUGCCGCCGGCACAUGCUCGAGACGUGUGGACACCCAGCGUGUGUGUGUGUACGUGUGUAGAUGUGUGUAGAAGCACCAAAUCGCCCUUUCUGCUCCCCACCUCAAGUCUGUGUGUUGUCUGAGCUUUCCCCCUCCCCACGGGUUGUUGUGUAGACUGUGGCCGGGUGUGGUGUGUGUGUGUGUGUGUGUGUAUGUGUGUGGCGCCACAGAUCCGUGGACACACAGUUUGCAUACGUGGAAUUUUGUGUUUGAGUGUUUAAAUCCAAUGUAACAGCACCUCCUCCACUGACACCCCCCCUCCCCCAUGUCUGCUACAGAUGGGGCAGGUUGUGAGUGUACAGAGGCUCACACUAACAUUCCCAGAGGACCCAGGCACAACACACACACACACAGGCCAUGGCAGACACCCCAGCGUGAUGUUGAGCAAACCCUCCUGGCUUAGUCACCCCGGGACUGACAUGUCCUGGGGAACACGUGUGUGUGUGUGUGUGUGUGUGUGUGUGUGUGUGUGUGUGUGUGUGGAGUUCAGUCAAGGCGAGUGGAAGCAUACACGUGUCAGUAACCUAGCUUGGCCUGUAUAUCCAUGUGCAUUUCCCCCAAUAGGUGAUGUGAGGGACGUGUUUGUGUGUGUGUGUGUGUGUGUGUGUGUGUGUGUGUGUGUGCGCGUGAAGUGUUGGUAGUUCUUCUCCUGAGACAGAGCCCUCCACAUUUUGCACUGGACACCUGUUUUGGGUGGGCACAGAAGUCUAUAUUUCUACGCUAUCUAGAGUACGCCUGCGCGAGUGUGUGUGUGUGUGUGUGUGUGUGUGUGUGUAGAGGAUUUCUACGUAGUGUGUUUCUACCCCCCUGUGUAUUAUACACACACGUUUACCUUCAAGGACCUGUGCCCCAUCCAGGUUUGUUUAUCCAGAUUAUUUGCCCCCUCCCUUUCUCCCCAGAGCUGCUGGCCGCUAUCUGACGUGGCCACACACUGCUACAUCAGUAUUGUGCAACUGCAGCUUCCUGCCCUGCGUGGUCGGAUCCCCGGUGCAUACAUGCCCACGUGCUUAUCUUUCUCAGUCAAAUAGGCCUGCACAUGUGGAAGCCGGGACACCUCAGAGCGCUCCCAGCCGCCACGGCAGAUGAGGCCACACCCAGGCACACACAUGCACACAGGAGCCGGCGUAUGCUGACGCUGGCACGGUGCCUGUUGAGGCGGGCACUCGUUUGCACAUGAAUGCCUCCCGGAAGGGCUAUUGAUGGGAAACAUUACUGAUCACGGGAAUGUCAAGGGCUGCCCCAGGCUUUCAGAAAUGAGAACAUUCUUGAGCACUGACAUGAGACCCGAGAGAGGCCAGCGAUGGUCCCCACCGCCCCAUCUGAUGCUCUGGCCUUUGCCUCAGGAACCUUGGAUUUAGGGAACUGUUUAUUUCCGACGUACUGGAGUGGGCUAAGUCCUGGGGCCCGUGCCCUGGACACAUCUGCUGAAAUGUCACCAAUAGCUGUUCCCCUGCAGGCUGAGACUGAGGGUGGGACACGGGCCUGAGUUUCUGAUGGUGAGGAAGAGGCCAGCUCCUCCCUUGCUGCGUAGACAACAUAUGCCUGAGUGGGUUUGUGCGUUGGGUGGCAGGUGGGAGGUAUGUGGGCAAAGGACAGUGUUAGAAGCCUCCCACUCCACUGGCCCAGGAACGUGGACCCACAUAUACAGGACUGAACACACAAAUACAGGAAUGCGCCCUGCCUUGGGGUCCGACAUCCGUGUGCACAGGGUGGAGGACUUUGGUGUGUGUGCAGAUCGUUUCCUGGAGUCCCUCUUCAUGUGAAGCGUGUAUGUGUGAGAGAGAGACAGUGCAGAUGUGACCUUCUGGAACAUAGUACCCCGCUCCCACCCCAGCUCAGAUAGCCAACCUCUUCCCUACCUGGCUGGGCCCUGCCUGUGUGUGGCCUGUAUAUAUAUAUAUAUAUAUAUAUAUAUAUAUGUAACCCCCAAGGUGGGCUGUCCAUUCCCACAGUGCCCUUUGUCAGGACAGGAAGUUUGCCCCCGUAUCUGACUGCAGCCCUCCUGCUCCCACUCAGGCUUCUUUGGGGACGUCAGAGCAGGCCCCAGCACCCCCCACCCCAGCCGUUUUCCUUCCUGCCGUCCAGCCAGGAUACCCUUUCAUACCAGGCGUUUCUGGAAUUCCCACAGCCUUGGGGCCACAAGGAGAAGGGUGGAGCCAUGGCUGGAGUGAUGCAACUGCCUCCUUGACUGGUAUUAGGUCCUAGCUGCCCAUCUCUGGGCCUCAGAUGGACCAGAGCAUCGCUGAGGGUCUGUUCUGCCCCAGCUUCUCUAAGUCCCACACAUCACAUGAUGUGUUUGCUUGUUGGCUGCCGUGUCUGUAUGUGUCCCGGAAUGUUGUCUGGGGGCUGGUGUCUUUUGCAUGUUCUCAGACAAGUGCGUGCCGCCCGCCCGCCAAGCACCUACAACCGUCAAGCCCCUGUGUGCCCUGUGGGUGGCCCCCGGACCUGGCCAGGGCUCGCUGCUUCCCCUCCCCCUUUCUCCCUCCC